UGUCCCUUAUCUUGUGGGAGUACGGUUUGUUAAAGAGGAGCAGUUUAUCGCAUUACCAAUCUUGAAUAAUCCAUUUAAGAUAUCCAAACUGGUGGAGAGUGCUGGGUAAAGUGAAGGCUGUGAGGAUCACGAGACACGGGCUUGUUUAGAUUUUUUGGAACUUCUUGGCGGAGGAGUUGCAUGAAGUAGUGUCACAAGCCAUACCACCCUCUCAGGCCCUACAGCAUGAGAAGGGAGAUAUGGAGAUUUUAAGGAAGGACGAAGUGGGCUUUUUGUUUUUGUCCAGGUAUUUUUUUAUUUGGGUGGAUUAAGUUUUCCCUGUCAGGUCGCAGUUGUAAAUGAGAACUUGUUCUCAACUGGCUUACGUGGUUAAAUAAAGGUGAAAUAAAAGAAAUAAAUACAAUUAGGUUGUGAAGAAGAGUGUGCGCCCCCCCCACGUUGAACACGCGCUUUGACGUCAUCGUGGGACUGCUGUUCCAUCGGGAGAAAUGAACGGGCAUCAUCAGCACAAUCCUCUCAGCGCCAAUCAUGUGAUAUUCCUAAACAUCAAUGGAAACCGUUGACUGAAGAGGAAAGGACAUCCCAGUACUUUUAUUUGGAAAGAGCGGUUUUGGGAAUUUCCUUGGAAUAUUUAGCCUUUUCCUAUGCAGAGAAAUCCCAAUAGGCCUGCUGAUGACUGGAACUCAAGCAGCCAACCCUGAGCUGUGAGUCAGAAGAGGAGAAGCUGGACGGAUGACGAGCAUGACUUUGAGCCAAUCUGCAGAUGCAUGCACAGGGCCCAGUGCCAUCCCCCCUGCUUCCUGGCUUUGAAGCUGCCUCUGAGAGGGGGUGUGGUGUUGGGACGUAGCUAGACCCUCGCACCCCCAGUGUUGACCCUGUGGCUGAGCGUCAGCCUGGCGCCCCCUGAUGGAUCAGGCUAGCAGUGAGCAGAGUCCUGAGGAGCCGGAAGUGGGAGGCCGGGCAGAUCCGGAGGUGGGCCGGCGGGCGUCUGAGUCGGAGCACGGCCUGUCCAAAAUCACCCACAAUGCACUGGAGAACAUGGGCGCGCUGGGCCACGGCCUGAAGCAGCUCUUCCAGCCGCAACGCCGGCGCUCGUCCGUCUCCCCGCACGACGCCGCCGCCUCCUUCUCUACGGGCGGGCCCGCCCCUGAGCCCCCGGACGGUGGGGGGCCAGAGGUUGGGGACGCUCCCGCCCCCUUGCCGCCCGGUCCGGACUCUGACCCCCAUGCUACUUCCUCCGCUCCCCCUGCAGCUCUGAGCCGCGUUCUGCAGCAGAUCAGAAGUGCGCCCCCAAUGAUGAAGCGAGGGACCAGCCUGCAGAGCCGCCGCAGCAAGACUGGGGGGACCGGGGACCCCCCUCAGAAAGGCAGCCCCCAGAUCCACCGGAGGAGUACCCAGGAGGUGAUGCUGCUGCAGGCUGGCCGCCCGCGUUCCUCCUCCACCACGGACACGCUCACCAGCCCUGCCCUGGCCGACAUGCUGCUCACAUCCGGGUACCACUCCACUGAGGAGCCUGACCGGCUGGAUCGUCUGGACGGCUCCGGCCCGGCCGUAUCGCCCAACGCUAUUUCCUAUGGAGCCGAUGGCUACGGGCUGGACUCAGUGGACAGCACCCCCGACCCCCAGCGCACCAAACAGGCCAUCGCCCAGCUGCAGCAGAAGAUCCUCAAGCUCACAGAGCAGAUCAAGAUCGAGCAGAGGGCCAGAGACGACAAUGUGGCUGAGUACCUGAAGCUAGCUAAUAACGCAGACAAGCAGCAGAGUGCCCGCAUCAAACAGGUGUUUGAGAAGAAGAACCAGAAAUCAGCCCAGACCAUCCAGCAACUGCAGAGGAAGUUGGAGCACUACCACCGCAAGCUGAAAGAGGUGGAGCAGAACGGGAUCCCCCGUCAGCCCAAAGACGUGCUCAGAGACAUGCACCAAGGCCUCAAGGACGUGGGCGCCAAGGUGACCGGUGGCCUCUCCAGCUUCUCCCAUGCCACUCACUCUGCAGCCGGGGCCGUGGUGUCCAAGCCCCGAGAGAUCGCCUCCCUCAUCCGCAACAAGUUUGGCAGCGCCGACAACAUUUCGUCCCUGAAGGACUCCCUCGACGAACCCCAGGAGGAUGGUCACGGUCUGGGGGGGGCUUCCAGCCCCAAGUACGGCAGUGAGGACGACUGCUCUAGCGCCAGCUCCGGCUCGGCGGGGGCCAACAGCAUCCCCGGGGGCCUGCCCAGCUCUAUUAAGGGUCUUAACAUCCUGGAGCCCGGCCAGUCAUUGGGCUUGGACACGCUGCUCCACGAGGUGCAGGAGCUCCGGGACAACCAGGGUCGGCUGGAUGAGUCGUUCGACAGCUUGAAGAGUCACUACCAGAGAGACUACACCAUGAUCAUACAGGCCUUGCAGGAGGAGAGAUACAGGUGUGAACGUCUGGAGGAGCAGCUCAACGACUUAACAGAGCUCCACCAGAAUGAGAUCCUUAACCUGAAGCAGGAGCUGGCCAGCAUGGAGGAGAAGAUCGCCUAUCAGUCUUAUGAGAGAGCUAGAGACAUUCAGGAGGCGUUAGAGGCGUGCCAGACGCGUAUCUCCAAGAUGGAGCUGCAGCAGCAGCAGCAGCAGGUGGUCCAGCUAGAAGGCCUGGAGAACGCCACGGCCCGGACCCUGCUGGGCAAGCUCAUCAACGUGCUGCUAGCCGUCAUGGCCGUGCUCCUGGUGUUCGUCUCCACCGUGGCCAACUGCGUGGUGCCCCUGAUGAAGACGCGUAGCCGCACCUUCUCCACGCUGCUCCUUGUUGUCGUCCUCGCCUUCCUCUGGAGGAACUGGGAGGUCAUCUCCCAGUACUUGGACCGCUUCCUGCUGUCCCCGAGUUGACCUGCAGGGGGGCUUCUCUUAAUGAACGACAAAUGGAGGCAACGGAGCUCUUGUAACAAUGAGGGACGGUGACGAGGGGACUAACUAACCCAUGCACUGCCUCUGAUGCAACUGUAGUGGCGCCAGGCCAGCAUAAUGGGCGGGGCUUAGUGGAAAGGAGGAGCCAGGAUAACUGCACACCUUUAUUUCUCUCCAAGGAGUGAAUUUGUUUACACGUGGAAGAUGUUUGAGUUUUCUGUUUUAGAAUUGAUACAAGUGGUAUUGAAUUUGUUUCUUGCUCUCAUUAAAACAGAUUGAGGGCUCUCUCAUGGCUGGAUUUGGAUAAUGAACAGCUGGCAUUUUGCUGAUCCACAUGGCUAGUGUCCUCCCUGUUCUCUAACUCUAAAAUCUCUCCCUUUUCUUACUCCAAUGUUUGUCCCUCUUCUCGAUCACCCCAUUGCUUGUCUUUCUGGGAGGAUCGAUGGACAAAAUCAAACUGGAGCCUUGAGCAGUGUGUUUUAUAUGGACGAGCUGGAAUAUGCUAGAGAAGACUGCCCUCUUGGUCCUGCCCCCUGCAGAAACGAACUAAUCUAUGAACAUACUUGAAGAGCUGUAACAAUGCUCACUGUGCUUCCAUUAGUGACAGUGAAAUAGUACUUUAUUUUUUUAAACAAAUAAACAUGCUGUUUUCAAAAAUGAA